AUGAGGCUCAAAGCAAGACUUUCACUAUUAACAAUACACUUCCUGCCCUUGGCUCCAGCCCAACAGUUACUUGGAGCACUUGCAUACCCGCUCAAGAUGCAAAUGUUUCAAAAACAUCUCUUCUUGAAACUUCGUUCCAUCCUGACUCCCACAGGACCUCUAAAGUUUCAGAACAGUUCAGACAGACAUUACAAAACUCUCCACCACCACCCCCUUCAAAACGCCAUUGUCGUUCCUUGUCUGUUCCGGGAGACCUGUCACGCUGCCGCGCUACAUGGCAUCCUAGUGCAUUCAAAGCUUGGACCCCGAUUAAGCGUAGCUGUCAUAGCGGAGAAACCUCUACAUCAGGCUCUGGAUACACCACCCUCUUCAAGAACCAGCCUUCAUUCUUUCUUGCCACGAUGUCACUCGCAGCCUUGUGACAUGCGGAGACCUCUUUUAAAAAGGCGCCAUGAUCAAGACCUUUUGCAAUCUGCCAGACCAGGGCUGGACUUUGACAAAAUGACACAGGCUGCACAGAACAUCACCUUCUCCCCUGUAGAAUUUCUUGGAAGACUCAGUAUUGGACCCCUUAGUGAAAAGUGGUUUCAUGGCGAUCGGGAGAGAGGGAACAUCACCGACGCACGCACACUGUCUUUGCACUCUUCUCAGAGUUUAUUCUUGGUGCCAACAUCCUUGCUUCUAACUACUCGGUCUAUGGCUCUGAUGGACAAACACAAACAGGUCAAGCGACAGAGACUUGACCGCAUUUGUGAGGGAAUCCGACCUCCCAUCCUCAAUGGGCCGAUGCACCCUCGGCCACUGGUGGCGCUGCUCGAUGGGCGCGACUGCACUGUGGAGAUGCCCAUCCUCAAAGAUGUAGCUACUGUGGCCUUUUGUGAUGCCCAGUCCACACAAGAAAUACACGAGAAGGUGUUAAAUGAAGCAGUCGCUGCAUUGCUGUACCACACAAUUACUCUAUCCAGAGACGACUUGGAAAAAUUCAAAGGUUUAAGAGUUAUUGUGCGUAUAGGGUCUGGAUUUGAUAAUGUUGAUGUGAAAGCAGCAGCGGAGUUAGGCAUUGCAGUUUGUAACGUUCCGGCGUCGUCGGUCGAGGAAACGGCAGACACUUCAUUAUGUCUGAUCCUGAACUUGUAUAGACGAGUCACUUGGAUGCACCAAGCGCUGAGGGAAGGCACGCGGGCUUCCAGUGUGGAGCAGAUCCGUGAGGUGGCAGGGGGUGCGGCCCGCAUUAGAGGAGAGACUCUGGGUAUAAUAGGAUUAGGACGAGUCGGUCAGGCAGUGGCUCUUCGGGCUAAGGCUUUUGGUUUUGGUGUGAUCUUUUAUGACCCAUAUCUGCCUGAUGGUGUGGAACGCUCUCUGGGCCUCCAGCGUAUGGCCACCCUUCAAGACCUGCUCAUUCACUCAGACUGUGUGUCUCUGCACUGCAGCCUAAACGAGCACAACCACCAUCUUAUUAAUGACUUCACCAUCAAACAGAUGCGUCAAGGGGCCUUUUUGGUCAACACUUCCCGAGGAGGUCUGGUUGAUGAGAAAGCGCUAGCUCAGGCACUGAAAGAAGGCCGAAUACGAGGAGCCGCGUUGGACGUCCACGAGACGGAACCCUUCAGUUUUUCUACAGGUCCUCUGAAAGAUGCCCCAAAUCUUAUCUGUACCCCGCACACAUCCUGGUACAGCGAACAGGCUUCAGUUGAGGCCCGGGAAGAAGCUGCUAGAGAAGUCCGACGUGCCAUCACCGGCCGCAUCCCUGACAGCCUAAAGAACUGUGUGAACAAAGAGUAUCUUUUGGCGGCUUCUCAGUGGCCCAGCAUGGAGGCUGCCACCGUUCAUCCGGAGCUCAACGGAGCAUCCUACAGAUUUCCCCCAGGCCUGAUUAACGUGGCUGCUGCAGGGGGUCUGCCAGGGGCAGGAGCAGGGGUGGACAGUCUGGUUUCAGGGAUGGCACACGGCAUCACCCCUGUGACCCACCCCCCUCAUGCCCCGUCUCCGGGACAACCCACCAAGGCCGAAGCAGACAGAGACAUACCCUCCGACCAAUAG